AGCGGAGGGGCUGCCGGGCCAGAACUGCUUGUGUAACUUUGCAAACGUGCCAGAAAGUUUAAAAUCUCUCCUCCUUCCUUCACUCCAGACGCUGCCCGCUCGCCGGGGCCGCCGCGCCGCUCCCCGCCGCCUUCCAGGAGGACUGGGAAAGAGGAGACAGGCGGGUGCCACGUCCCAGCAGCCGCCUUUGCUGGACAAGGGUCCGCAGCCCACCCUUGGCGUUGCUUGUAGGGACUGAGUUACCGGCCUCCCCGGUUGAAGAUUUCUCCCCUCCCUCACGUGAUUCGGGCCCCGUUUCUCUCUUCUCCGAUCUGCGUCCUCCCGGAGUGGGAGCAAUCAGGCAACGGGAGCGAUGCGCUUCGCCUGGACCGCGCUUCUGCUCGGGCCGCUGCAGCUCUGCGCGCUCCUGCGCUGCGCCCCGCCGGCAGCCGGCCAGCAGCAGCCCCCUCGCCAGCCGCCCGCGGCUCCGGCCGCCUGGCGCCAGAGGAUCCAAUGGGAGAACAACGGGCAGGUGUUCAGCCUGUUGAGCCUGGGCUCGCAGUACCAGCCGCAGCGCCGGCGGGACCCGGGCACCACCGCCCCGGGCGCUGCCAACGCCGCAGCCCCGCAGCCGCGCACGCCGAUCCUGCUGCUCCGCAACCGCACGGCGGCAGCGCGGGAGCGGGCAGCAGGCACGGCGGGGGGCGCCGGCCGACCCAGACCCGCCGCCCGCCACUGGUUCCAGGCCGGCUACUCGGCGUCCGGGGCCCGCGACGCCAACCAGACCGCGCCGGGAGAGCGCCCGGCGCUCAGUAACCUGCGGCCGCCCAGCCGCGUGGACGGCAUGGUGGGCGACGACCCCUACAACCCCUACAAGUACUCCGACGACAACCCCUAUUACAACUACUACGACACGUACGAAAGGCCUCGGCCUGGGAGCAGGUAUCGGCCCGGAUACGGCACCGGCUAUUUCCAGUACGGUCUCCCGGACCUGGUGCCAGAUCCGUACUACAUCCAGGCGUCCACGUACGUGCAAAAGAUGUCCAUGUACAACCUGAGAUGCGCUGCAGAGGAGAACUGCUUGGCCAGCUCAGCAUACAGGGCAGAUGUCAGAGAUUAUGAUCACAGGGUGCUGCUAAGAUUCCCUCAAAGAGUGAAAAACCAAGGGACAUCAGAUUUCUUACCCAGCCGACCAAGAUAUUCCUGGGAAUGGCACAGUUGUCACCAGCAUUACCACAGCAUGGAUGAAUUCAGCCACUAUGACCUACUUGAUGCCAGUACCCAGAGGAGAGUGGCUGAAGGCCACAAAGCCAGUUUCUGUCUUGAGGACACAUCCUGUGACUAUGGCUACCACAGGCGAUUUGCAUGUACAGCACAUACACAGGGGUUGAGUCCUGGCUGCUAUGAUACCUACAAUGCAGACAUAGACUGCCAAUGGAUUGAUAUUACAGAUGUAAAACCUGGAAACUACAUUCUAAAGGUCAGUGUGAACCCCAGCUACCUGGUGCCUGAAUCGGACUAUUCCAACAAUGUCGUGCGCUGUGAAAUCCGCUACACAGGACACCAUGCAUAUGCCUCGGGCUGCACAAUCUCACCGUAUUAGAAAGCAAGCCAAAACUCCCAAUGGAUAAAUCAGUGCCUGGUGUUCUGAAGUGGGAAAAAAAAUAGAUUAACUUCAGUAGGAUUUACAUAAUUUGAAAGAGUGAACAGAAAACAAAGGAACUUUUGUUUGGACUGUUUUAUAACAUAGCACAUAACUGGAUUUUGAACAUGUAAAUUGGCAUUAUUUGGGAAAUUUUUAAUAUCAUUCAUAUCACUUUGUGAAUGAACAUGGUGUUUUCAUUCUGUAGAUGCACACUUUGGCUCUUUGAAGGAAAUCCAAAUUUCUUAUGCUCCUUUGGAAAUUAUGGUGGAAAAGGGAAAGUAACAUUUCAGUGUUUCAAAAUGAAACAAAAUUACUAGGAAGUGAGAAUUUUCUUAAGUGCUGAAACUUAAGUGAACCAAAACACUAACUGGCUUGUAUUUGUCUUAGUAUAGAUUAAUUCAGAAAGGAGGCUCCUACUGUUCAAAUAGAUACAGACACAUUUGGUGCUGAGCAAGGAACAAAGAUUACCAUUGGUGUCAAGCAAUAUUACUAUAUAGCAGAGAAAUGGCAAUAUAUGUAUUCAGAUAGUUACAUCCCUAUAUAAAAUUUAUGUUUACAUUUUAAAAUUAGUAAACUCCUGUCUUUCUGUUCAGUGUACCAUUUCAUUCUGACUUAAGUCAGCUUUUGUUUUGGAACAAAAUGAGUAACUGAGCUGUCCAAUUCCUGCCUGACAUUCGUUGAUGCUGCCUUAAUUCUUUAAUUUUCCUAUAGGCAGAGACCUUUUAAGUGGCAUUCUUAAAAUCACCAUUCUGGGGACUGGUGUAUGGAGGACAGCUUUGUCUAUGGGAGGUCAUUCUGAUGACAGAUGUGAUAUAUUCAGAGAUACUAGCUAUGUGUUUAAAUAUAUAGAACUAUUAGCCUAAAAAUUUUCCUGGCUGACAUACAAAUCAUACAAACAAGUCCCCAAACCACAAUUGUCUCUCACUUUAAAAAAUUAAUUAAAAAAAUCUUAGGUUUUCAACUUUUUUACAUUUUUCUUUAAUGUUUAGCUUUAAAAUGAAGAAUGCUAAAAACAAUUUAAACUAUCCAGAAUAGAACAUAGUAUCUGGAUACAGGAACAUUAUCAAGGUCAUCAAGGAAUCAGUAACAUUUUUUUUUCUUUUUCUUUCUGUAUCUGAAGUAUAAACCAAAUUAGCAAAGCACAUAACAUGACAUAAUUGAGGGGUUGGUGAAUAAGGGGAAAAAAAAACCUUUCCAUAAAACUGAAGGACUGUGCUGCAUAAUGAGACAGCUGUGAUUUUAUUUUAAAACUGUGAAACCAUGUGCCAUAACAAAAUUUGGAAAAUUCCUUUUUUUCCCUAGUUCUAAUAGGUGCAGAGAGAAAUCAAAUGACACUUUUAAGUUAGUGGUGCUUAGACAGAAGUCUUCCUGCAUUAACCAAUAUUAAAAUCUCAAGCAAGGGAUUUCCAAUGCCAGGACAUGUUUGGUAGAAUUUAAAAGUGAGUUGGGAUCCCUGUAUUACAUGUCAUAGAGUUGUAAAGUCAAUCAACACCAACUACUAGGAGUCUUUCUGCACUCACUAGUGUCUAGCACAGCAAGAGGGUCUAGAAGAUGGACAGUCAUCCAGAGGUGGAUGCAAUCCUCAUCUGCCAACAGAGAAUGCAGCUUGAUAGAGACCAGGAACUUUUAUUGAUCUGGUAUCUGAGCUAUGGAAUAGUUUCUUUGAUGUACCUCUUUGCCUUAUAUUGCUUUGUUAGUUUUAAGACUGUAGAACCAUCCUUUCAAAUCAUAAUCUUUUUUAAUAGAGAUAUUUUAAUAUACUUGCUUUAAACACACACACACACACACACACACACACACACACACACACACACACAAAACUACUGUCAGUAUUAAUACUGAGCCAGACUGGCAUCUACAGAUUAAGGCCUAUCAUUUCAUUAAGAUUCUUACCCCUAUAAGAAUUAUAUUAUGGCCUUUGGACAUAUAUGAGAAGACAUUUUCAAUCAUUCACUGAGCCUUCCACCUGUCUGUCCACCCAUCGUCAUUUGAGGGCCUAAUACGUGUCAGGCACUUAGAUGCUAGGCCUUGGGAUAUUAAAAAAAAUCUCUCCCCUAACUUCAAUAGGUAUUAAAAAUGUCAUUAUUACCCUUUAGGUUCACCUUAUUUCAUUUUUAACAACUAUACAUGUAUGUCUAAAGUUUUUCUAUUUUUAGCACUAUUGUUUUUCAUGACCAUAUUUUAUUUUAAAAAAUAAGUUAAAAUAAAUAGUUAUAUGCAUGUAUGUGUUACUAAUAAUUAAAACUAUGUUUUCAAUCAUUAAAAUGUCUGCCUCUUAAAUAUAACACCUACUAUUUGGUUGGUUUUUUUAAAAUAACUUUCAAUUAGGAGGCUAAAGAUUCUUGCUUAUUCCUUAUGUAAAUAUUCCUUCCUCCAACUACCCCUAAACACUCUCAAAAAACUUACACAUUCAAGGGAUUUCUCCUUUAAGUAACUACAAAAAUUGUAAUGAUUAGCUGGUAAAAGUCACCCAUUAAUAAAAUUUAAAUAAAAAACCUAAUCCAGUCUUACCAAACUCCACAUAAAAUAUUUUUACAAUAGGAAGCAGAAAUAAUCCUAAAACUGUUGAGUACUGAAAAGAAACUGGCUUUUAAAUUAAUAAAGACUAAAAAAAUGAACUAAAUAGGAAAAUAAUUUAUUGAUUCCUUCCAUAUGCCAUAUUUGUGGCCUCACACUUAUUCAGACUACAGUCUGGAUUAAAGAUGUCUUGACCUUUAAAGCUAGGAUUCAGUUUCCCAGCAGUACCAUAACAUAUGAAUCCACACAUAUCCAUAAGAAUCCAUUGCCUAUUUCCAGGGAAUCUUUAUAUUUUUACAUAGUAAUUUUAUUCACAAUCUCUACCAUCUAAUUAUUCAUUAGGUAUUAUUCAUAAUAAUGAACAAUUUUUUCUCUCUUUGAAAUUUCAUAGGAUAAUCCCACAUAUAAACAUUCCCAAUAUUCAGGUUCCGGAGGAAAUGCAGUGCACUAAAAUGAUUGCAGCACUGAGAAUUCAUCUUCAGCAAACUUUCUGAAAAUACAGACAAUAUUUUGUUUUAAAAAUACCUUGUUUUGAUAUUAACCAUAUGGUAACUGAUAGGUAAAAAUUACCCUUUUCCUGUAUUUUUUAUGUUCAGAAUUUAUAUUCACAAUCAACAUAUUCAAUCAACAGCUUGAUUUCAUUCCCAACUACUAAAAGUCCUGGGCCACUUUUGAACACUUAAAGCAUUUCAUUUAUCCUUCAAAACAAAAUGGUGCUGAAAUACUUCAACUUGAAUGUAAAAUGUAUUAAAUCGUAGCUCACAGGAUAUAAACAUUUAAUUAAUAUAUAACUGCUUGCUACAAACUAAGCGACACGUGAUCUGGUAUUGUAAUGUUUUUAAUGAAGUUUUAAUUUCUUCCAAAUUUUUCAGGUAACCUAUUUGUAAAACAUUUGUAACUUUUUCUGAAGAGCUCUUAUUUUAAAUGCCCAGACACUGGCUUUAUAGUCUUCUUUACACUCUCACAUUCUUUUAUUAUAUGCUUAUAUUAUGAUUGCAAGAUUAUGUAAAAAUGCCUUGAAUAAAUGAUUUCAAGUGUC